GCGAGGGAGCGGGCGGAGGCUGCAGCCUGAGGCGGCCCGCCGGCUGUCGGAGCGCGGGCGGGCAGCUAUGAGAGAGAGCCCGGCGGGUGACACAGCGGCGGCAGAGAGGAGGGAGGCCCUCGCCGCGUCGGUGUUAAAGACACAAGUGCUCGAUCAUGGCUUGAGUUUGUUUACCAUGACCCCAAGCAGAGGCACCUGGAACUGAGACUAGGCAGCUUUCCCACUAAUGGCCAAGACUAGAGAUCAGCUGGUCUGCUGAAGCCAUGGGGAGCUGCUGGAGCUGUCUGGAUAAAGACACAAUCUCAGACAACCACCCAACCAAAUUCAAGGUGACAAAUGUAGAUGAUGAUGGUAAUGAACUGGGCUCUGGGAUCAUGGAACUGACCAACUCUGAGUUGAUUUUGCACACCAGAAAGCGAGAUGCUGUGAGAUGGCCGUACCUCUGUCUGCGUCGCUAUGGUUACGACUCGAAUCUCUUCUCAUUUGAGAGUGGAAGAAGGUGUCAGACUGGGCAAGGCAUUUUUGCCUUCAAGUGUGCACGUGCUGAGGAGAUUUUUAACCUUCUCCAGGAGAUCAUGCAGUGUAACAGUAUUAACGUAGUUGAGGAGCCCAUGAUAAUAUCAAGAAGCACUCAUCCAACAGAACUUGAUUUACCAAGGACGCCUCAGACACCAACCACUCCUGGUUUUGCUGUGCCAGGAUUUCCAAAUGGGUUCCCAUGUUAUCCACCAAUGGGCGAUGGCUCCUCUCACCCAUCAACUCGACAUCCCUCCAUAGGAAGCACCCGCCUCUCCUCAGUGGGUGAAGAUUCUACGCAUCCUUUGAUCGUAGGUGGUGACGAUCAGAUUCACACAUAUGUGAAUACUUCCAAUGUUGAUGAGGAGCGGAAGAAAAGACCCUGUGUUCAUGGCCUGACGGAGGCUCGACCGUCCAUCUCUGAAAUGAUGCGAAGCCAUGCAAAUCACUGCCCUGAAACAGAGGACAGAACUCCUCAAGUCCUCCUGCAGCCUGGGGAGGUCAAGUUUGUCCUUGGACCAACGCCAGUUCAGAAACGAAUAAUGGAGCGCGAAAGGAUAGAGAGACACAAAGAUCACACUGAACACAGUAGUGGCGACUUGAGUUUUGUGGACCGAGAUAAUAUCCACGAUGGUGAUGAGUAUAGCAUGGCGUGUGCAUCUAACAACAAGAUGACUUAUGAGAAUAUUAAUGGCUUGCUUGUGUCCACUGGUACAGGGUUACGACGAGGUCGGCUCAAGAUGGGUGGGGAUGGCCAAAACCUUAACAACUGUGCUCAUAGGAAGACAGCCAUGCUGAACUAUGAAAACCUGCCCUCUUUACCUCCUGUAUGGGAAAGCCAGACACAAAGACGGGAGGAAGAGGACUGGAGUGACCCUGGAACCCCUCCACAAAAUGGAUACCACAAUAACUUUGACCCACUGCGGAACUAUGUCAAUACUGAGAAUGUAACUAUUCAACCUGGUUUACAUAAAGUAGACUUCACCCGGCGGUGGGAUUGCACUCCAAAUGUCUUCAGCUUUGACUUUAAACGUCCGUGCCCUGAACAAAGACAAUUAAACUACAUUCAAGUGGAGCUGGAGGGUGGGAGUGACUCUGAUAACCCCCAGACCCCCAAAAUGCCCAGCACUCCAGUUCCGCCAACUCCGACACGUAGGACUGAGUUUUACGCUGUGAUAGACAUUAAAAAGACAGCUGCUAUGUCCAGUUUGCAAAAAGCACUACCAAGGGAUGAUGGGACAUCAAGGAAGACGAGGCACAACAGUACAGAUUUGCCAUUCUCUUCAUUUGUUGGAACCCACUGCUAGCCAUAAUUGCCAUUAAAAAUGAAUUCUUAGAAAAUGUCCUACUUCUGAAGUGUCAAAUAUGGUACAUUAUAGGCUAUGUUCUCUUCUUUAGGUAAAAUUUUGCCUUUUCUUUUUAAGGGACAGUCUCUGUUUUAAAAGGUCUUACGUGCACAGACAUUUCAGAAUGGCUUAAAAGUGUUACUACAUUCCUGCAGAGAUCCUUUGUUAAAGAUAACAAGCUUGGUACAGAAAUAGUCAUUUUGAUGGGCUGCUACUUUCGAAAGGAAACAAUAUCAUGUGCUUUACGAAAUAAGUUUUUUUUUAAAUGUCCUUUUUAAUGCUUUUUGAAAUAGACUGUGUGUGCAGGCCCAGGAAAACAGAUACGGUCUCUUAGAUUUAAGUGUCAGGAGAAGUGUUUGGUGACAGUCAUUACUAUGCAUCAGUCAACAUUGUUUCACUGUGCAUUGUGUAGUGAAAGUUAUAAAAACUACACAGAUUAGCUCAGAUGAACAACUGUCAAAGGAUUAAGGAUGUUUGCUACAAAUUUCAAAGGUGGCCUGCUCAUUGAAAAUGCUUUUGCUUUAUUUGUCAGUGGAAAUUAAAUUAAAGUUUGAUGAGAUGGGGAUUCUGAUACAGUAUGUUUGUAUUGAUAAAAUCAACAUAGCACAAAUAUAAUAAUUUAUGAUCCAUCAAUACCUCUAAGCUUAUCUAGUAAGUAAUUAACCUGUGCCUAGUAGGAAAGUCAACAGUUCAAUCUAAUGGUUGAAUUAGCUGAUCUCUGCAGUGACAGUGGUUGGUUGGGGAGGGGAAGGAAAGGCAUCACUGCCCCUCUUAGCUGCAGUCUCAUGACUCCUGGAAGAAGAGUGAGUACAUGGAUUUCAGGUGAAGAGGCACUUCUGGCUUGAAUGGUCAUCCUUGUGCAAGGUGGAGCAGCUUGCUGAAACUUGAGUUCUCACACAUGAACAGUGAUCAUUUGGCAUGGUAGGGGUGGGGAGGCGGUAAUGCUAGUGUACAGAUUCACUCACUCCAACAACUUGGGAUGGAAAAAAAUUGGCCAGAGAAAUUAGACUUAAAAGGCAGUUGGAGGUGUAUAAAAAUGCUGCAGGCUAAUAUUUAAAAUAAUUAAACCUCUUUCUUCAAACGAGCAUCAGUGGUCUAAACUUAAGUUGAAAUUUGAGGUGGGCAAAUGAUUAUGUAGCAGUAAUUUCUACAGUAGAUGUAGCGACACAUGGAAUGAGAUUUCAGCUUUUCCCCAUGUUUCCAAUAUAUCUACUAUGAAUCAGAAAGGAGAAGACCCCAAAUUUUUAGCCCGUUUCAGCUAGUUACAUAAGGGGUUGUGUGUGUGAGCACCAUAUAUUUUGAAAGUACAUACUGUUCCCUUAUAUAGAUUGCAGGAAUUUUCCAUCAAAAGAGCAAUCAUUCAUCAAACUUACUUUCUGCAAUUUAUAUUGAACAUCCUUAACUCUUAUUUCUUGUUCUGUAAUUGACUCUUUACAUUUUCAGGGUUAUAAAACAUUACAAAAUGUGCCAAAAAAGUGCCAACCCUCCAUGCAUGAAAUAAGAUGAUAUAGUGUUUAACAAAAUCCAGUCUGUCUGGUGCCUUUGUUUACACUGAGACUUGCUCGCUCCUUCCGAUUGUUGGAACUUUAAAGUUAAUUACUUAUUUGUAUGUUGUACUUUGGCUGCAGUUAAACAAAAACACCAUAACUUCACCAAUUAAUACAACAAUGUGAGUACGACAGUGUUUGGCCAUAAGCAUUUCUGCUGAGGUCCAUGGGAAUGCAAAUAUUGUAAUAACUUUCUGCACAUGAUCGCAUAGCCUGAUAUUUGUGCGUUUUGGCUAACUUUCCCAAUAUGACUUUCAAAGCUGCAGUAUAUUUAUGUUUUGAGUUUGUUGGGGGCGAGCUGACAGGUGUGGAGAAUCUAUGAAAAAGAAAUGAAGGGCAUCAUUGUGUCUUACCUUUUUCUUUAAAAAAAAUUUUAAUUCAGACACUCAACAGCACUAAAGAUUUUUAUUUGAUACUUGAGCGUCCCCAUCAACUCAGUCUUAAAUUGCAAGUCUUUACAAAUAUAUUUAAAGUUUGAACAUCUUUGUUUUAAAACUCCCUGCAAAACUGGCUAUUGUGAUAUCAGAAAAUGUCAUCAAUUCAUAUGACAUUCCUGAAGCUAAUUGCUUUCAUUUUUCAGAUACAAAAGGCGUUGUUUAAUUAGAACUGCACCCCCCCUCCACCUUUUUUGAAUUUACAGCUGUCAUGGUGAUAAGUUAUAGAUGGUGCUGCACUUUUUAGCUUAUUCUUGUUUAAUAUGCUAUAGUGAAAAGUCUCCACUUAUGUGGAAGAUUUUGGAACAAAUUAUUAUUGAACUGGUUUCCUUUGUACAAUUGUUUUUAACCUGAAAGUGGUGCCUUGUGUAGCACAGGAACUAGUGUGGCAAAUUGUAGAAACAACCGAAUGUGACCAAAAGUGGAAUUUUCGCACAGCAGCCUUUCAUUCCUAAACCUGGUUAGCCGUGUGAGGACAAGUAGUGAGGCACCAAGAGCUUUUCCUAAGCAGGGAGAAGAAAGUUGGUGGGAAUCACUUCUGUGCUUCGUUCACACAGUACCAGUUUACUGGUUUAACAUUUAAAAGCUCUUACACAAUUGCCAAUUUAUGAGUGAGAAAAUGCAUAGAAAUAAUAACAAGAUAACUUCAAAAUGGGGGGUGCGGUGGCAGGGGGAAGUCAAAAAGAGUACAUUUUGGCUCCUCCAGUAGCUUAGUGAGGUAAUGCAAUGAGUAUCUGGUACUAUAGACUGGGGGAUCUUCUAGGUUCACAUUAGGUCUAUGAGCUGAUUUUCAGUUGGAGACAGCAGUAGUAUUCAUGCAGUUGGCCUCAGUGCCACUGGGUUGGGAGGAGGGUAAAAGUGGCCAUUGUUCCUAUGCUUGUUGCUAUCUAGUAACCCCCUGCUGAUGUACAUGCGAGGAUUUCCAAGGACUGGUUGGGACUCGGCUGCAUACAUCCUCUGUCUCCCAAGGUGAAUUAAUAUGUUGAAUGAGUAUUAAAUCUAACACUUGAAUAAAUCACCACUUGAAAUAGCUGCUGGAAGUGCUGCUUAUAGAAUUAGACCCCAGAAAGGGGGAGAAUUGGCAGGGGCAAAACAAGUUGCAAAGAGCUAGUAAAUGGAAUUAGAAAUUAGGCACUACCCCAGCAUCCCACUAGAUGGAACUAAAGUAUCAUAUUUUAGCAAUUUACAAUUGAUUCUGUUCUAUGCAAUUUGAGAUCACAAAGUUAUAUGUAAUAAUUGGGGCAUAGUAGCAAAUAAUGAAAUUUCAAUUGCCCAGUCCCACGUUAUGUAUAUUUAACUGUUUUCAUAUUAUGCUUGAGCAGAUAUUGGUGAGAAUAUAUUGCAGCUUUGAAAAUAUUUUCAGUAUGUGUUUUGAAAACUAAGUUGCCAAAUUGCAUUUACUUUUUCCAAUUGUUGGGUGCAGUUGGCAAUUUCUAGUUUAUCAACAAGAUUAAGCUGACUUCCAUUUAACAAGUAUAUGUGGUCUUUGUUAUCUGAUGUUCAUUUCCAGGAUCAUCUAUAUUGUUCACCACAGCUGUGAGGUAUUAGGGAUUUUGUCCUUUGAACCGAAUCUGUUCUACACCAGUUCUGUGCACAACUUUUGAACUUCAGUCGGCCAAAUAAAUGGCUUCACAGUAUUAUCUUCUAUAUGUAGGUGUACUCAUCAGGGUGAGGUUUACAGGGCUAAAGAAUGAAACUUCCUUUCCACUUUGUGCUUUCUUUUGCACUCUUGGAUCAGGCAUAGCUCAGAACAAAUCUGAAAAUGAACAUCGCUUUCAAGUCCUGGACAUACCCGAGCUACAACAAUUUGGGUUCUGUAACAGUCUUAAUUAGCUUGUCUUAGAUGAAAAUUUCGAACCAGUGCCAAAUUAGGGUUGAUUUUGGACUACAGAUUCCAACUGGAAACUGGAUCAAGACUUGUCAGAAUUUCUUUAAUUUGUUUUCUUUUAAUCUGUGACCUUAAACUUGUGGCAAAUGAAAGAGACCUUGUUCUCUCCGAGUAGGAUUUGAAUCCAGAUUUCUAGGGUAAGAGAGCAAUGCUUUGGACUGCACAGCAUCCACAAUUUGCUCUAACCGGCUAAUGGGUAUGAAGCUGGUAUGAUAGUUGAGACUGAGACUUGCACUCUGUCCGCUGUUGCACUGCUAAAGCUACAGAUCUUUUACAGCGCACUCAAGCCAAGAGCAGAUCUUAUUAAAGAGAUGAUUGUGCUGUCUGGAUUUCUAUUCAGGGUUUUCCACCAGCUCUCUUGUAAUCCAAGACCAUGUUGUUAACAUCAACCAAUGGAUGUCAAAAACAAAGGAUAUAAGCCAAGAAUCCUUGUAUCUUGUUGACCUGGCUUGGCCAGAUUUAUAAUAAUUAUAACUUCGUAUUGUGCAACUUUAGCCUUAAAACUCUGGCCAUGAUGUUUCCUGUGCAAACUGUGUUCUCUGGGUGGGGUGAGGCAUUUUUAAUUUAAAUUUAAAUUUUUCUCUCUCUCUUUACUAAAUCAUUUAGAAGGCCACUUCAUCACUCCCCCACCCCUGUUUUUAAUAAAAAGAAAUUUGACCUCUGAUCAGUCGCUGAGACUGCUGAUUACAGUUAUGUUUACAGAUUAGCACUGAAGUUUCUUUUACAGCUCAAGUGCCUAAAUUGCCAUAUGGAUUGGCUGGUAGCAGGUGUCUGUUUUCUAAAUAGUGUCAUUAGUGUUUUCUUUUUGUGUGUGGCUGGGGUUCAUAUAUUAGAAAGUGGAUGCUACUAAUGCCAAGAUUCAAAUAUUACAAAUAUGUUUGGAAUGUAAGGCUUUGCCUGACUUAAUCUGUAAAAUGUAGAGGUGAGAAGCAAGUGCCUUAUCACUAUGCUAGUAAGAUGUUUAGAUGGAAUCAAGAAUUUUAAAUGCUGUUGUGUUUGGCUACAUUUCUUCCCUUUCCUUCUAACUACAUAUCUGCUGUAGGGGCCAAAACUUGGGUUACUUGGUCUCAAAUCAUUAGCAUUGUCACAAAUGCAAAAGUGGAAAGUGGCUUCAUUCUUCUGUGCUGGUGACCAAAACACACUGAGCAAAAAUGCUGGGACUUUAAUGGAAGUAUAUAAGCCUGGUAAUUUUGGUGUACUUUGUAGAGAAUAAGUAUGAUUUGAUUUGAAGUGCCACUGUCGACCUGAUGGUGACAUCUAGAUGCCCAGUAAUCACAAACGUGGUUGCGCAAAUUUAAUUGUACAGCUACUUUUAAAUUUCGGUGGGUGUUUUCCCGUCAAGUAUUGUGUAAAGUUUCAUGAAUAGAUACUCCGAGCAGGUUUCAGGCCAUAAUCAUCACCACCUUACGGUCCUUCAUUUCUCUGCAUGUGCUGAUCUGCUGGCAGUUUUGUAGAAGUUUCUUGUGUACUGCACGUAGGUACGUAGAUGUCCUUGAAUAUGCUGCUGUAUAUGUCCUGCUUCUGUGAGCUUUUCCCAGGUACAGAAGGUAAUCACAGAAUUUUCUGAAUGUACACAGAACCCAUUGCACCCAAAGAAAUGUUAACAACAAACUGCUAACUGAGCUGAACUGUAGCCAUUUGAAAAACUUUAUAUGCAAAAAAAGAAAUAGAUUCCGAAACUGGAUUUUUUUUCCUAUGCAGGGAGCACAUUUGUUGUAUAGUUGAAGUAUGAUUUUUUUUUUUUUUGGGACAGAUGAGUGCAUUUCCCAGGCCUUAGUAAUCAGUCAGAAUUAAUAUUUUUACUCAGUGCUGUAGAACUUCAUAUACACUCUUGAUUGGAGGAAAAUCAUGUUGAUCUGCGCAAUUAGAUUUCAAGCCUACAAUUAGUAAGAAUGUGAUGUAAUUGUAUUGGCACCCUGAGAUUGGUACCUGAUCAUUUUUAACUUUUCUUUAAAUACGCGUCCAGGUUUUGUAGACUUGCUUUGUUAAAAUCGUUGCCUUAAUUUUACUAAACAGUAGGAUGUUUGUGACAUUUACUACCCUGACAUAUUUUCAUACAAAUGUGCGAUAUAAUAUCCCAUUGCCCGUCUUAAUCCUGUAAUCCCAUUUGUUCACGUGACCAAUGCCACCACCAGUUUAACCAGGACUACAAUAAAUCCGCAGUUCAAAUUUCACACAUGCCUAUAAGUUUUUUUUUGUGUGUGAUGGGAACUGUGGUGGCAUUUGUAAAUUCUGUGAUUAUCUUGUUUCCUUUUUAGCUGUGAUAUCUUUUGAGUUUAUAAACUCAGCUGUUUUUAACCCUUUCUAAUCCAUGAAGUGUUCAAACCUACUUCAUGAAUUCAUAAAGGAUCAUGGUACGAAUUGUCCAGAGUGCUUGAUUGAUAAAGCAGGACCUGCAGGUAAAAUUAACCAGUAAAUAAUCUGGUUGGAUUGUAACCAUUUAUAAUGCAGUAAAGUUGUAUUUUCUUUGUCAGUGGAUUUUGCACAUCUUUUAUCCAAAAUAAUGUUAACGUCUGCACUAUAGCAACAUUAUAAAAACUGCUCAUGCUAAAGUGAUUGAUGCUUUAUAUUAAAGGUAUUAUUCACUCCGUAUUAAAGGUAAAGCCCAGUAAUUAGUUACCUGUUUAAAUUGAGCUUCAAUAUCUUAAUCAGCAACACCUUCACUCGCACAUCUUCCCUCGCACAAAAGUGCCGUUUGUGCCCUUAUGGAUAAGGAAGGGUUAAAUGCAAUUAAUGGCCUAGUUUUCCUUAGGUAAACUGUAGGUAUGCUUAAACAGAAUAAUGGUAUUGUAAUUUCAGUCAAAGUAAUUGUAGUCUGAUUCUAAAUAUUUAUGACUUUAUUAAAGUGACUACACUAAUAAAAGAUCCCCAUUAGGGAUGAACAAUUAAGUUGGAUGUUUCUGUUUUAUGGAAAUCAGGUUAUGUUUAUAAAUGCAUUGUAUUAUACGGUACUGCAAAUGUUAUGUUCAAACUAGCACCAUUUCAUACUUUGUUUAUAUGCUGUAUGGAAAUGUAUGAAAUAUAACGAUUAUAAAUGUUGUAAGAGCAAUGCUGUAUUAUACUUUAUUGGCCUUUCAAAAUGGCAUAUAGAAUAAAGAAAUGGACUAAAA